AUGGUCCGACCAGCCGAGGUUCCAACUUCCGAAGUCUUUCACCUCCAACAGACGGGCGAUCGCCGGCCGCUCAUUUACCGAUCCUAUCUUCCAGCAGCCAGCCCUCGACCCCUACUACUACUAAUAUCCUUUUCUCCGCCCCUCCCCCAUCUUUUCUUCCUUCCAUCCUUGGUGCGGAGUAUCCUUUUUAUCUCCCGUCUGUAUCAGAACCUCUCCUCUCCGUCCGCCAGCCAGCCAGAGCUUCGCCUUACCUUUACGGUCCCCACGCCGUCCCGACACCGCGCGGAAUUCGACUCCCGCCUUUUUCUACCCUUUCAAUAG